UAACGGGUCACUGGGUAUCCAUGGUAUUCUAAAGCUCCGGCGAACCAGUGUUUGACACCAGCGUUGCUCAGCUAUUCACUUCAAAUCGGCCAAGCGUAGCAAAACUUUUCCUCAUUUUUUCAAGGAUAUUUUGUUUUUCCAGCCCUACGUUUCGAAAAGAGGUUCGAAAGAAAAAAAGGGCUGUUAUUAUCGUAAAAAUAUUUAAAAUGGUGAUUGAUUGAUUGAGAAUGGAUGCAUGAACAUAGUCGAUAAAAAACAAAGAUAAAAUGUUUAUAGACUUCAAAAAGCGGAUACAGAUUAAGCAUCUGCUCUCCUUGUAUCUGCUGGCGGUGCUGGUUUUUUUAUCAACUGAGUGUAACGCAGAUAAUGACAAAACCGAACACAAGCAAGCAAAAGAGCACGAUGAACAGAAUAAAAACAGAGACACGGUCGAGAUUCCAGGGUUGGGGAUCGGUGGGCAGAUCGAUACGAUGCCGGGUAUCGGCAACGAGAACUCAAUGCAAACCGAUUCAACUGAGCCUUUUAUAAAUCAGUUGGAAAACAUAGUGAACAAUCAUCAGUACCACGUGAAAUUAGAUAAUCCAUUUGAUGCAAUACAUUUGCCACACAGUGGGCCACCUGUCCAUCAUCCCGAGCCUGAUUACCAUAUUCCAAUGCCAGAGUACCAUCAUGAGCAGGAGUACCAUCACGAGCCGGAGUACCAUCAUGACGAAACCGAAGUACAUCACCAUCACCACCAUCCGGAACCCGUGCAUGUGAUUCACGAACAUCCCCCACCCCCACCUGAGCCUGUAUAUAUUCCGAUACCUAUUGUUCAGCCCCCACCUCCACCUCCGCCCCCUCCACCACCACCCCCUCCUUGCACUGUUACUAUCCCAGUGGCUAUAAAAUUGAAGGGACAGCUAGCUAUCAAGAUGAAGUUCAAUGCUAAUAAAGACAAAACUGUGGAUGCUAUCGGGCCUGUAAAUGUAAUGAAGGCUGCAGCAAGAACAGUGCUUGAGUAUCCAAAUUUCAGAUUCACGCUUCUAGGGAAGGAUAAAAAGGCUGGUGCAGCUACUGGGGCUAAAAGAGAUGAAAUUAUCAAAGAAAUUGGAAUUAUAGAGAAGAAGGUCCAAAUACCAAGUCUCUUAGUACCAGCGGCUGCAUACAAAAGGGGUGUCACGGUCAGUUUACCCAAGGGCCAGCACGCAUUCUUGAGAUGUACGGAUAAAAAGUCUUCGGAAAAAGGUUCAAAAUCAAAGUCGAAAGAGCAAGACAUAUUUGUUACCGAUGAUAAAAAGAAGGACCCCGAUCCCAUUACAAUGCACGCUCUUAAGCCUGAUGAUGAGAAAAACACAAGUGAAGAUGAAAACAAGAAGAUUGUGAAAGUAGCGGCAGAGAAGGACAAAAAAGAUGAGAAAGAAAACAAAGAGAAAGAAGAUAAGGAAGGAAAAGAGAAGCAAAAGUCUGAUGAGAAAAAAGAUGAUAAGAAAGAUGAAAAAGACGAUAAAACAAAAGGAAAGGAAGAGAAAGAUGACAAAGAAAAGAGUUCAGAAAAAGGAAAGAAAGAUGAUGACAAAAAAGAAGCUGCAAAAGUAGAUGACAAAGAGAAAGAAAAGGAAGAUGACAAAAAGAAAAAAGCUGAGCAGGACGCAAGUGAAGACAAAAAAGGAGAGAAGAACAGCGACACCGAAUCAAGCGAGGAAGCUGCAUUCACUAGCAAUAUUGGUAAUACAGAAUUUGAGCUAAAACUGCCAGAGAAUAUUGAGUCAUAUACAUCAGAGAACGGUGGGCAAGCGAAUAACGCAACAUUUGAUGGUAAUUCGGGAGAGAAAAAACACACAGCUGCAACAACAAAUGGGCAAAGUCCGCAAACCACCGCAACAAAGCCAGAAAGCUUUAGUCAAGGUUUCUCCGAUGCAAAAGUUUUCGAGAAAGCUUUAACAGAAGAAAGUGAAAAAGCGAGCAACGACGAUCAAUUGAAGAGGCAAUUGCUGUCUUUAUUUGAUAAGGAUAUGAUGGUGUCUUUGUAUAAGAUGGCAAUUAAGGAUCUAAUGAGUGAGUUAGGAUUGCGAAGCUCAAACAAACUUGAAUCAGUGACGAGUAUCAGGGGUAAAAUUAAUGGAUUACAGAAGCAACAGGUUGAGCUAGAGCAUCACUAUCCAGGAAUAACUAGGAGCUUGGUGACUUAUAACCAAUAUCUGCCAAAAAUACAAGGGUACCUGAACAAGAUUACAGUUGGGGACGAGGACGAAACCACUGAUGACGUAACGUCACAGAUCGACAAGCGGUCGAAAACAGCUGUCCCUGAGCUGAGAAAGCUCAUCGAAGAGCUGAAAAAGAGAGAUUUUGACGAUGAGAAGUCGUAUUACCAGGUGGAUGAGAGUUCUUCGAAUGACGACCCGUCGUAUGAUGAUUGCGUCGAUGAGACCUGCAGGCAUCAAAAGCAGAUGAUCAAGACAGCACACGAGUACUUCGGUAGCUUAGAUGCAUUGGCAAUGAAACCAUACGAGAAGUUCUACAAGGGAGAAGAGCCAGCUUCAAAUCAUGUUCAUAAAGGAAUAAAACGAUCUUCAAGGAAAUCUAGGUUUGUGAAAAGUAAAAGGCCCACACCAGAAUAUGACGAAGAAGAGAAUGCCUUGUUAAGAGACACCCUUUUUAAGGCAUUAACGCAAGCCUCCGGGGUUGAAAAUCCAGAGGCGAUAGUUCAACUAGCAGGCAAGCUACCAAAGGUUCCAGUGAGGAUCACACUUAAUCCUAGGGGGCCAUUGGCAAAGCUACGACGUCCUAUCCAGAUUGAUCUACGACCGUCGUCAGAAGAAGAUGCAACUCCAGAGAUAGUGGCCCGAACAAGCCCGGGCGUUAGCGUUUCCGUUCCAAAAUCGAUAUAUCAGGAUUCAGAGGAUGAGAGCCAUGACAUCAACAAAGAUGCAUAUGCUGAUAUCAAACGGAAUAAGGUUCCGCAUGCAAAGCGGGCAAUGAUCGGAAAUCGACGCGGAAAGAAGAGGGGAUUUCAUAAAUGGAUGCAGAAGGGUAGAUUGCACAAAAAAGCGAGAGCAAGACACCAUAUAAGCCAAAAGGUACAACGAAAAAACCACCAUAAGAAAGUGAAAGUAGGGAAGAAAUCAGCGAAAAAUAGGCCGUUCCCAGUGAUUAAGGAGAACACAAUGUCAGCAGGCCUGAAUACUCCAGACGACACUCCUUCCACUAUCGCUGAGAACGUCCAAGGCCAAAGUGACGUCAAAGCAGAAGUCAACGGACCCAAGGACCCUUACACAGAAAUUGGCCUAGCAGAUGAAGCACUUCAUAGUCCAAAAGCACCUGAGAGUGAGUCAAAAGAUGCUGAGAAGGAAUUUGCUACAAACACACAUAUGGAAUCAGAAAGCCAACGCGAACUUGUAAGUGAAACAGCUGCAACAGGAAAUGUUGCUGGUACAGAAAGAAGCAAGGGUAGCAGCGAUCCAUACGCUUCAAUGGGAAUACCUGUGGCUGAAACAGAAGAUCCAGGCUACAGACCAUCAAAGAAGGCCACAGUAAAUGGCCUUCCGUUGACGAACCCAACUAAGAAAAUCUCACAGCCGAAAGGUGGCACUUCAGCUGUUGGGGGCAAGAAAGACCCGUACCUUGAUAUGGGGACACCUGUCCUUACAGCUGACAAGAGAGCUCACGACACCAAGUCGUCGCAGGUAUCCUCGAGAUCUAUCUUACUACAACAUAGCAAUGGCACUGUGGUGUCCUCCGAUCAGCGACAGGGGGUUUCUGAAGGUAAACGAAAUCCCUACUCAGAGAUGGGUGUUUCAGUGGAUUUUCCAGAGAAGAAAAGCAACUCUAAUGGAAAGAAAGAGGGGAAAGGGACUAAUGCAAUGUUAAUGGGUACCCCUGUUACAGAACGAAGAAUGUUGAUGAAGCACCAGGAUCCUUAUGCAGAUUUGGGGUCUUCGUCACUUCUUGACAACGAUAAAGGCAGCUCAAGUAAAAAGACAACAACAGAGCCACUGAAAUCAAAAGCAGAUGUCGCUGAACUUACUGAAAAGCUUAAUAAGUUACUAGAGAAGGCGAGAGAGAUUUCUAAGGGCCAACAAACGGAAGACGGUCAGCUAGGAAAGAUUAAUAAAGGCAAUUCAACGACAGCUGUUAGAGAUCCAUAUGCAGACGUAGGGUCGCUAACCAAGAAGACAACACAGAGUUUACCUGGAUCAAAGAAAGAUUUCGACUCAAGCACAGAGGAAGAAGAAUUUGACGUGUCUACGAGCGAGCCAAAAAGCAAUUUACAAACAGGCUCUAGCGAUACUCCUGCGCAAGGGAUCUCCGGUAAUUCGGUAACAGGCAUGGCUGAAUCAAAAGAAAGCAAAACAUUUUCGACAAAAACACAAGAAAAAGUGGCGCAACACAGAAGGAAGGACCCAUAUGCAGAUGUAGGCAGUGCUGUUGACAUCAAAGAGAAAAUAAUGGAUGUGCCGUAUGACCCUGCAUGCCCGUUACUGAUAGAUUCGGAUGAGGAAAGUAUUGAAGAUGAAAUACUUGGGAAGAAAUCGCAACAGAAACAUGUUUCAAGGAUCGACUUUGGGCUGGAUAUGCAGCUAAAAGCCUCUAGCAAGCCCAAAGAAAAAACUGAUACAAAAUUUGUCCCUGCUUUUGAGGACGAUAAUGAAGAACUACUCACUUACUGCCUAAGGGAGAGUGGGUUUCUUUCUGAUGAUGAUGGUGAUGCUACAACAGACAUAAAUAAGGAUAAAAAUGCUGAUGAAAUUUCAAAGAAUGAAGAGAAAAAACAUGGGGUUGAUGAUAAGAAGUACAAGAAAAAGAAAAAGAAAGAUAAAAAGAAAGAGACUGCCACCUAUAGAAAAGAGAAGAGUGCAAGGGAGCUUUCAAGUGACAAAGAUUUAUCAAAUGAUAAAAAAGACAAUAGUGAGAAAUUAGAUUCUAAGAAAUCUCACAAAGGUGGGAACAAAAGAGUAGAAAAGUCUUUUGAAGUUACUAAGCAGACAAAAGUUACUAAGGAUAAAAAGAAGUCAAGGAGAUCUUCUAGCAGUUUAAAUGAAAGUGAGAAUAGCUUUAGAGCAGGAUCAGAUGAUGAUGAUGACAUUGACAUGAUAGUUGUCAAAGAGUUGGAAGAGGAUUUGGCUGAUUUUCCCUUGAGUAAAACUGUAGAUGGAGGAUUAGAAAACAAGGAAAAAACACCACGUAGUUCUAGAUCAAAAAGUAAAGAUGGUAAAAAUAUAAAGGAAAGUUCAAACAAUAGGCAUGAGAAAAAUGAAAGUAGAGAAAAUGACGAAAAACAUAGAAGUAAAGAAAAGGCAAAGAAACGCAAACGCAAGAGAAGCAAAAGUAGUCACAAAAGAUCUCAAAGUCCAGAUGCAGAGCCUGAAAAUAAAAAGAAGCGAAAAAAUAGACACAGAGAAAAAUCAAAGGAAAGGAGUAGUGUAAAGAAGGAUGAAGAAAGGAAGGAUGAGCAUUUAAAACAUAAAAAGAAGCACAAGCAUCAUUCAGAUGAGGAUGAUCCUGAGAGAAAAGAGAGGAAACACAAGAAGAAAGAUAAUAGCAAAAAGCUUGAAGAAAGUGAGCCAAGAAGCAAAGAAAAAGAUGACACACAGAGAAAAUCUUCAUCAUCUAGCCACAACCCCCAUAAAAGGCAUCAUUCAGACAGAAGCCAUUCAGAGAAGUCAAAGCAGAAGGAAGUUGACUUGAAAAUGAAAAGCAAAUCAGAACCCAAUAAAAGGGAAAGAAGACAUAGUGAUCAUAAAAGAGAAAAGCACCAUAGUGAGAAAAGUGAGAAGAAAGACAACAAUAAAAGAGAAGGGCAGGAUAACAAAAAGGAACACACAAGGCAUAAAGGAACAGGCCCUCAAACCUUUGAUUCUAAAGGAUCAAAAGAAAAAUUCAACUUAGAUAUUGAAGAUGGUCGUAAAAAGGUUAUUGAGAAAGCAAAGAUUAAAAAGGAAGUAGAUAUUUCUAAGAAGAGUGAAAACCUCAAACUUCAAAAAGAAGAAGAAGUAAAGGAUGAACUAGAUGGUUCUGAUACUGACAGUGAAUUUGAAAGGCUGAGUGAUAUAGAGAGAGAAGUGGAAAAAGAAGACAGUGCACCAGAAGAUUCUGCAUUUGACAAGGGUUUUGAAAAUCAAAAGAGUAGCAUUGGAAAUGACAAAGACAGUGUUGCAAAACCCCAAGAUUUUGUUGAUCAAAAUGUUAGCAAAGAAGGUCUGGAUAGUGAACAGGCCAAGGAGCAAAAUGAAAUGUCUAAAGAAAACAGUGCAGAUGCUGUUGAGGUGAAAGUAAAUGAAAAAGAUGCAAUCAACAAUGUUUCUGAAAAAGAUGUUAUUGAAAGGACCAGUAAAACUGUUAAUGAUGACAAAAGUGAACAAGAGGUUUCAGAAUCAGUUGUUAGCAAACAGGAGGCUGUUAAACUGAACCAAGAGAAAAGACCUUUCAAGCUAUUUUCAAAAGAGGAAACAAAAAAAUUGAAGCAAGAACUUCUGGUUAAAAGUGGUGCUAUAGAUCAUGAAAAGAUGAUUGAUGAAGAUGUCAAGGAAGAAGUAACAAAGAAAAUGGAGUGUGAAAAUGAAAAUGAAGCAGAGUUUGAAAAAGUUGAAUCAGAAGAGCCACCAAAAUCAGAAAAAGAGAAAGUUGAUGAGAGGCAAGUAGAGAAAGAUCAAGAGGAAGUUGGAGAUGAUGGGAAAGCAACAAAGAAUUUACAAAAAUCAAAAGAUGAUCUCUUUGAUGACAUAUUUGCUCAAGAAGACGACUCUGAAAACAGGGAAAAUGAUGGACUUGCUAAAAUGUUGGGCAAGGAUGAGGAGACUAGUCCAAAAAGAUUGUCAUUCAAAAAACAGAUACCUUUGCAAGAGAAAAAGGAAGUAGUUCCUAACAAUGAAAAGGGAGAAGAAAAGCCUGCAAGAAAAACUCCAAAGCUUAAAUUGGAAGAUGGCAAAUUGGAUGGAAAAAAUGGAGAAAGUCCUAAGGAUAAGAAAUUAAGGAGCCCGAGAGAGAUGGUUAUCCCUGGACUAGAACCAAUAUCUAUCCCUGGUUUAGAACUAAGCAGCAUCAAAGAAAAAGUGUCUGAGAAAGAAGAAGUUAAAAAAUCACCAUCUAAAAUCCCACUUUUGUUUGAUGAUGAAGCACCAGCUCAGAAACUAGGAAUACCAAAAACACCAGAGUUCUCGCCACCCAAAGAAAAAGCAGUAAAAAGAAAACAGCCUUACACACCUCCAGAAGAGUUUAGUGGAAUAGGGAAUGAAGCAGAAAUAAAUCAAACAGAUAGAUAUUACCAUCUUGAGGCUGAUGACUCCCCAUACAAUCCAGAAGAUCUGACACUUAUGGAUAUUGGUUUAUCACCUGUUGAUGCAAAGAACCUCCAGCAAGAUGCACUUAAAGGUGCUGUUGAAUUGAGACUGAAAGAACCCUUUUCUGGAUAUGAAAACCCAACUUGGCAAAAGAUUAUUGAAGCUAAAUCAAGGCAUGAGGUAAAAAGACAGAGUAGAAAAGGCCAUGAUAAACACAAAAUUAAAGGGUUUGCAAAGCCCCAAUCAUCAAAACAGCAAAAGAUGGUUGACAUGUUGGUUAGACAAUCAAGAGUGGAGCAAGAAUGUAAAGAAGUUUUGAAGCUGUAUUACAAAUCAAAAGAAAUAACCAAAGAGGAAUACAAAUCAAUUUUACGGAAAGCUGUCCCUCAGGUUACGAUGUCUAACAGCCCUAUUAUUCCAGAGAAAAUUAGAUCGUUGAUGAAGAAGUUUGUCUGUAAAAGCAAAGGCCAAAGGUUGAUGGCUGGGAGUGAAAAGAGAGAUAAAAGCAAGUCAAAGACGCGUUCGUCAUCUUCCCAGUCUUUCAGCCACUCAUUAACUUUUCCUGGAGAAAAAAGAUUCCGGUAUCUGAACCCGGACCUACCAAUGCCCCCAUUGUAAUGUGGGAAACCGGACUUGCGAUUUUUUUCGGCAAAAAACCAACGAUAUGGCGCAAAGUGCCGUAACAUUUUAACUUCUAACAGAGUUAUAAAGAACCUAAACCCCAUGCUUAGAUUACAUGGCCCCGAGAUGAUGUUUUUAACUAAAUGUUUAUGAAUAAUAUUCGGGCAAGGACAUAUCUGACUUCGCAUUUCAUUCAGUCACAGUAAGAUAGGUAUGUGAUACACAUUACGUAAGAUAUUUUACCAAUUUCUGAAGUGAUAGAAUUUGAUUUGUUUCUUUCUGUAAAGAUAUUAUUAAAGUGAGUUCAUCAGGGGUUGAAUGCAAUGUCUAGACCUGGCCUUUAUCGCUGUAUAUAUGUCGUUGUAGUUUUUUUUGUAUUCUUAACUGGAGCUUUUUUCUAAGUAAAAUCGAAUUCAUAAGUACAUUUGAGACGUUCUGAUGCCAGUUGGAACCAUGGGAGUCAGCAGAUAGCGUAACAAGUUAGGGAAUCUUGAUUUCAGGAAAUUUCGAGAUAGGACCAUAAGCACAUUCCUUAAUGAAAAAUGUGAUAUAUUAUCUAGAUAAACAUAAAGGUGAACAGAUAGACUGUCCAACUAACUUAUUAACAAUGAUAUAUUAUGGUGCUGGCUCUAACCAUAAUCCCUAUUGAGUUCAACCUCAACUAUGUUUGCCCAAGGUGAAAUUAAGACAACUUCGUAUUUAGCUGUAACAUCACACUGUUAAGACCAUGAGUUAGUUGUACAACUGCCACUAUGGUUCACUCGGCUUAGCUCAUGCUUCUAUAUAACUUGUUCAUGUUUCUGCUAAAUUUUUGUUAAAUGCCUUUUCCCAUCCAUAAAUAAACACCCACCCAUUUUGAAAAAGACAUUACUUCUGCCAUGCUACCUCCUCAUCAUUUACAUUUUCAACCGUUUUUGUAACACAGAUUUUGCAGCUUCAAAAUUGAAUGUCACAGGAGGCAACGUGUCUCAAAAACCGUUUUAAUUUAUAAAAUUGAGAAGCCAAUUCCCUUCACCUGAACUUGCAAUUUUCUUGUGGAAGCAGAUUCGCUUUUCCAAGGCUAGUGCACAACUUCUUAUAGGUUAAUCUGAUCUUAGGCAUUUUGACUCUUGGGUGUUCGUACUGAUAAUUUCCUUUUUAACAUGAGUUACGGAUUGCUUUUGUGUAUUUUCAAUGCGAUUAAAAGUUGCAGAUAAUGUAUAGUAUUUGAAGAUGAA